AUGAAAUUGAGUUUUAGUGAAUGCAGUUUGCUUUCCUCAGUUAAAAAUGGCGAUUUGGGUCUCAUCACUCAUCUGAUAGAGGAAUUAGCUAAAAGUGUGUCGACAUUUUUACAAAUUUAGAUAAAAUCUGAUAACAAUUUUAGGUAACAACUUUAUACAUUCACUUUUUAAUUCAUUAUCCAAGCUCUCCAAGGUCAGAGUAUUGACCCUCAAAUAGCCUCCAAUCCUCCUUAGCAAUAAAAUAUAAUUGUCGAAAUUAUCAAAGCCAUCAAGGAAUUUAAAAUUGAAUUAUUUGAUCUUGCAGCAUAGAACCCAAAUAUGUCAUUCUUUGACUUUCUAGUUACGUAGCAAUUCAACGAUCUUUAUGAUAUUCUCACUGCCUCUGAAAAACAAUUGAAUGGACAAUUAGAACCAAUCACUCCCAAAAAAUUAAAAUAAGAAAUGCCCUCAAAACUAUUUUCUGAACUCUACUACCAAAAUGAUAUUGUCAAAAGAAGAUCAAUGUCUGCCAGUCAUUCAACUUCAUAAAAAUUGCUCUAAUAAAAUAACAUUGAAUUAGAUUUCGCGUUGCUAUAAUAAUUUGUAUACAACCAAAUAGAACACAAGUAGGAUUCACCCAAAGCUAAAAAUAAAUAAAACCCACAACUCUUUUCAUUUGACUCUACCUUUGUCAGAGAUUUGCCUCUCUCAAAGUAUAAUGCCAUUAGCAAUUUCGAUGAAUAAUUCAAUUUCACACUCUAAAAAUCUCAAGAAGAUGCUAUUUAAACUUCAAGAUUCGAGAGUCAAAGAAUCGAUGAAGAAGAAUACUUUGGCACAGAUCAAUCUAGUUCUGAUAUCAACCUAACACUCGAUAGAUCAUAUAGAGAUUGGGAUGUUAGGUUUAGAUAACUGGCAGAAAAAGAGAAAUAAGUUGCCUAAAGAGAACUUAAGACCAUCAUUUAAGAAAAGCAUCUCCUCAAUAGAACUAGAAGUUAAAGAAUGAUCAGUCCCAAUAGCAAAGAAUAAGAUCAUGACCUGAUGAAUAGGCCUAAUCAUGAAUCCAAACCAUUUUUAGAUGCCAAAUCAACCCUUAAAUUCAAAUAAAAAUAAAAAAAAACUAGCAUUAAUGAAAGACCUGAUGUAUUUAUUAUUUGA